AUUGGAGUCCCCAGGAUCUAAGUACGCACAUUAUGAAGCUGAAGUGUAUACUUUGUUGUGUAUAGCAUAUCCAAGUAUACACAACAAAUAUUUUGAUAUAUUCUACUUUGUUAAAAAAAUUAGCUUUGCUAUACAGAUUAAAAAAAGUAUAUUGCAGUAGUCCAAGAACGAGGAUGUUGUUAUGUUAUUUUGUCCGUUGAUCUGAUGGGGAAAAUAUACGAUCAUUAUCAGUAAAAUACAUUCCACACACACACACACGGGCGCAGCUCCACGGACACGGACACACACACACACACGCACACACACGAUGUUUGAACGACGAGUCUUGCCUGCUGCCUUUCACAUGAUCUGAAGUCUUUUCCAGUGCAGUGAGAAGUAUGCGGAUAAGAGCGACACAAAAGAUGGCUUCUUUAAUGCCUUUAUGUUUCAUAAUUACUGUGUGGCUGACUUUCAUCCACUGCACUAAUGCUCUCUGGACACAAGAAAAGUUGCAGCACCAAGCGGUCACACUUACACCCGAUGAGAUCCAGACCGCCCUGUCGCACACAGACCUGGCACAGAUGUGGCAGCGGGACCUGAGGCCACUGCUCGUUACCAGAUAUCCUGGCUCUGCAGGCAGCCAGGCUGUGCAGCAGCAUAUUAAAACAACCCUGACCUCCCUCGGAGCAGGUUGGGAAGUGACGGAGGAUAGGUUCAUGUCCCAGACACCCUACGGUCCACUUCCCUUCACCAACCUCAUUGCCACCCUCAACCCAUCAGCCAAACGCCGCCUGGUUCUGGCCUGUCACUAUGACUCCAAGUACUACGCGCAGCAAUGGCAUGGCAGGGAGUUUCAAGGCGCGACAGAUUCUGCCGUCCCCUGCGCCAUGAUGCUGGAGCUGGCACGAGCUCUUAAUGAAGAGCUGAAAAGCCAGAAGGCCCUCAACCCCAACCUGACCUUACAAUUGAUUUUCUUCGAUGGAGAAGAAGCACUGGUUCAGUGGACCCCUCUUGACUCCCUCUAUGGCUCUCGUCACCUAGCACAGAAGAUGUGGACCACCCCGCAUCCUCCAGGAGACACAAGCACCAAUCAACUGGACGGCAUAGACCUGUUUGUAUUGUUGGACCUGAUUGGGGCUUCCAGUCCACGCUUUGGUAACCAGUUCCCAGUCACAACGUACUGGCUCUCCCGACUGCAGAACAUAGAAAAGAGACUGCACUUUAUGAACCAACUUGAGAAUCAUCCCGAUGAUGUGGAAUACUUUUGGCCGGAUCGACCAGUUGGUCACAUUCAAGAUGAUCAUAUACCAUUUCUAAACAAAGGUGUCCGCAUCCUCCACAUUAUCCCCUCGCCUUUCCCUGUAGUGUGGCACUCAUUUGAGGACAACGAGCAGAACUUGGACCGCUCCACCAUUCAGAACCUCAACAAAAUUUUACAGAUCUUUGUUCUGGAGUACCUCAACGCCAGACCUGCCACCCCCACAAUCACUCCGUAAAAACACUCAGUAUGGGCAAUGUGCAUUUUUUUUAAUCAACAGAGUGUUUUUCUUGGCUUAAGUUUGGAGAUGUAAAAUACAGCCUUUGACUGAAAAUAGAAGAAAUGCCAAUGUAAAGUCCUGUACUGUAUUAGCUUUUGUGUGUACUGUACGGUACAUCAUUUGUGAAACUUACUGAAUUUUAUUAUGUUUGAGGCCUAAAUCAAGUUAUUGUGUAGGUGUUACAUGCCUGUAUCAAUCAUCCUUGGCAUUAUGAAUGCAAAUGUCAACACAAUGACAGACACUGUAACAUGUUACAUUUGGAUUUUCUGAUUCCUUUUUGUAAUUGAUUCAUAUAAGAUUCAGCAUUCACUGCUGUGCAAAUUUGCUGAUUUUCAUCCCAAAAAAAGUUCUUUUAGGUCACCAAAAAUAGGCCUUUUUUUUCGUAUUCACCCAAAGUCAGUAAUAAUUCAUAAACACACGAUAAAAUGUCCAGCAUACAUGAACCACUGUUCAAAAACCCACACAAUCGUAUGUUUUUAAUAUGUUUUGCGUAUAUUUUUACAUCAAACAUUGGAAUGUUGCACUUUGUUUGGCAUUCCUUGAAUGUAGGCGCAAAAGUAUGACUAAAUUCUGUAAGUAUGACUUGGAUGCCAACUGUUCCUUGAUCAUCUUCCAUUAUCAAUAAUUAGUGGUGCAUAUUUUGACAUUAUAUCAUGUGUUUAAUAUGUGUGUGAGGCAUAUUCAAGAGAGACUUGGAAAGGUUCUAAUUAUAACAGUCACUCUUAUUGCAAAUUAUGAUCCGAAAUCAAGGAAGAACAUCAACAUCACUGCCUUUGAAGUCUAGAAUGAGUGACUUGCUGUCUUAUGCUGUCUUAUGUAUGAAUGUUCAACAAAAAUACAUAGGGUGGACUUCAUAAUUAAUCUCAUAAAGUGUGUGUUUUGACUACAGGUAAUGUGACAGUAAAUCUCUUCGGUGUUUAUAGAGCUAACCAGUCAGAGGGAGGAAGUAGACUUAUUUGUGUUGUAACAACAUCUUUAGUCCCUCAUAUCCUGUCUUCUUAGACUGGCAAACUUAUAACUUCCUGUGCUGCUUGUUAGCCUGCUGGUAGUAACAUACAAUACCAGAAGUGUUCUUUAUGUAGUAUGGGUCUGAAAUAAAUGUUCAAAAGUUCAA